AUGGAAACCGACAUGACUGCCGCCAAUGGCAUCGCUAUGGCCGUCGAGCAGUUCUACGAAGAGCGCAAACAGGGCGACCUCCUACCGUUCUGCUGGCGGAACCAGGACUGCGGCAGCUGUCUUCGUGCUGCGGAUUUUUGCAGUUGGUGCGCAUUUUCGUCUACCUGCGUGCCGAAUACUUCUCCCUUCCCUCUCCUUGCUCCCUUGACAAAUAGCUCGAUAUGCCCACUCGGCGCUAAAGAGAGGUGGGAGAUACGUACCCGUCCAUUUGGAUGUGCGGUUAGCUCCGCUACGUUCCUCACAUGCAUUGUCUCGGUGAUAGGUACACUGCUUCUGGUGGUUGUUGCAUACCUUGCUUACCAGAUGUGGAUGGCGAAGAAGGAUGACGAGGAACAGCAACAGCAGGAGGGAGGAGACGAGCAGCCUGGAGGCGAUAGCUACGGGACUGGUGGAGGGUACGGGGGUACCCAGUUUGGAGAAGAGGGAAGCGGAGAAGGCAUAGGAGGAGCGCUUCCUGGCCUUGUAGGCGGUAUUUCGAGCUGGAUGGGACAAGGACAGGAGCACAGAGCGCCAGAAACUAUACCAGAGGAAGACGAGGAGCAGGAGCAAAAUGAGCGCUCGCCUUUGCUAUGA